AUCUAUUUGUAAGUAUUUUAAAGCAUAUCAUUGGAUACAUUGUACAAAGCAAGAUAAUAUGGCAACCAUGAAAUCUUUGAAGGAUGCAUUACGAAAAGAAAUGAGUAAUAUUAUUUUAAAUAUCACUGAUGAAGAAAAAGCACGACAAUCUUCAAGAAUAUUUGAAAAAUUGAAAGCAUUACCACAAUAUCAAAACAGUAAAAGAAUUUCCGUGUAUCUUAGUACUAAAAACGAAAUUGACACUACACUUAUUUUGACAGACAUAUUUGAAAAAGGAAAGGAAGUAUUUAUUCCCAGAUGCGAUGGUAAAGUGAUGGAAAUGGUUAAAUUAUCUUCUAUGAAUGAUUAUGAAAAAUUGCCAUUAACAAAAUGGAAUUUUAAACAACCAGAUAUUUCUGAAGCUAGAGAAAAUGCUUUUCAAAAUGGUGAAUUAGAUCUUAUUCUCUUACCAGGAGUAGCAUUUACUUAUAAUGGAAAACGCUUAGGCCAUGGUAAGGGAUAUUAUGAUAAAUUCUUAGAAGAUACUUUCCAGAAACAGCAAAAAAAACCACAUUUGAUAGCAAUAGCAUUUAAUGAGCAAAUAAAAAAUGACAUACCAACAACUGAAAGAGAUGUAAUACUUGACAUAGUACUUACAGAAAAAUAAUAAUAUAAAAAAAAAAAAAAAAAAAAAAAAAAACAAACAAUUUU